CCAACAUUGGGCCGACGUACCCAAUAUUGGUCCUGCAUUAGCACUACGCUGCGCUCAAAAUUGCCUGAUUCGGGGUUUCAAUUUAUCUUCUUCCAGGAAGUGGGGAAAAGGAUGGGACUGGACACUUCCACUCCAUCCACCCUUUGGAAGGAUCGGGCUCUUGUCGAGGUCAACGUCGCCGUCAUGCACAGUUAUCAGUCAAGCGGAGUGACCAUGAUGGACCACCACGCGGCGUCGGAGUCCUUCAUGAAACACCUGGAGAACGAGAUGAAGAGCCGAGGCGGAUGCCCAUCGGACUGGAUCUGGAUCGUCCCUCCCCUCUCCUCGUCCCUCACCCCCGUCUUCCACCAGGAAAUGGCCCUCUACCACCUCAGUCCUUCCUUCGAAUACCAGGUGGAGCUCCCUCGUCCCUUUCCCGCUUCAUUCCUUCCUCAUUGGAUUCAAUUGGAAAUCCGA